GCUCUAUCUGAUUCAGGACUGUCCUUAUUAGAAGAUACCCCUCAUCUCUCCCGUGUGAUUUUUAUACCCGAUACAUUAAGGAUCUUUUUGAUUCCGCAGCCAGAAAUAACGCCAAGCGAUGGCCCAGUUGCCCGCCUGGCACGAGGCGUAUCCACCACCGCGAAACCAGUCACCGACAGUCGUAACUCGACAAAAGUUACUGCAAUGGUUUCGAGGUGGGAAAACACCGGGAGUUGACUUUCUCCUGGUCGAUCUGCGCAGGACUGAUAAUGAGGGCGGUACGAUCAAAGGGUCUAUCAAUCUUCCUGCCCAGAGCCUUUACUUUAGCCUCCCAACUCUGUUGAAUCUAUGUCAGUGUGCCGGCGUACGAACUGUUAUCUGGUACUGCGGUUCAUCCAGGGGCCGUGGGACUCGUGCUGCUGGAUGGUUUCAAGACCUGCUUGAUGAUCGCCAAGUCUCUGGAAUGACAAGUGCAAUCCUACUGAAUGGGGUUACUGGUUGGGCCCGAGCGGGCGAGGAGUACACGGGUCUUAUGGAGGGAUAUGAUCCCGAGAAAUGGUCGAAUGCAAAUUAGCAAGGCUGCUUCGGUGGAACCGUGCGACAGCUCGGAACGUAGCCACUAGUACCACAAAAUGCAGAGCUCUGCACUUCUAGAAAUCUUUGACCAUUUAGAG